CCUUAUACUGUAAUGUGACCUCACAAUUACUUCCGGUCAAUUGAAUUUGGUACAAUUAACAAUAUUUGGAACUAAAGCGGAUUCAAUGCGCUAUCUUCUCGUCGACAAAGCUGAUAAAAUUUGUCACCAUGGGAAGCAGUGACCUUGAUGUGAUCAAGGAAAUACCUGGGUACAAGGUCAUCCUGAAGGCAGUUGUCCGCAGCCAGAUACAACAACUGGUGGAGCAGCUGGCUGUGCACACAGAUGAGGAGUCAGUGAUCCUGACAGCCAGCGUCAGUGAUGGCACACUGAGUCACCUGGGCUCCCAGUCGGGGAAGUCCUUCCUGCAGGACAACGAGGAGGUCAAGUCACAGUUCCUCGGCUUCUGUCUCAAAGACCAUCACAGAAGAAAACUUGAAAGAGAGAAACAAGCACGAGAAAAACUGGAACAAGAACUGUUGCUACAGCAACAGCAGAAACAGCAAGAACUACAGCAGCAGUUGAUGUUUAACCCUGGACCCCAGUUUACCAGAUCUCCCCGCCAGUUCUCGCCAAGGUAUCAGGCCCCCAGGCACCAACCAUACCCUGUUAACAGACCUCGCAGGCCCACUGCCCCUAAUCUAGGAACAGGGCCCCAAAACAACGGGACAGGUCAGCCAGGGGUUGUAGCAGGCAAUUCACCCAGGGUCAAAGUUGAACCAUCACGAAACGAUGGACCCUCAUAUCAGAGUGGUUCAGAACUUGAGGCCAAUGAGACAAGGAUCAGAUCAAGUGACAGUGUGUCAGAUUCUGGUGCUAAUACUAGUGAACAAGUCGGAAUGGGCAGUUCGGAUUCUUCAAACCAGGCUCCCGGUGAUAUAGGGGAUCUCGAGCAUACUGAGGGUGGUAGGGUAGGACUCGAUAGUGGUGAAGACGUAAAGCUGGAAUCUUUGGAAGAAUCUGACAUUGAUCUUGAGAUUACUGGAGUAGAGCCUGGCCAGUCGUUUGGGGGCCAGGACUUGUGGGACCCCAGUGUGUCCUUGACCUUUGACCCUACAGGGGCCACUGGGAGCUCGUUGGACGUUUCAGGGAGCCAACCAGGAGGAUACAUGGGAAGUUCAAGCCCCAUGAAGUUCAAGGACAUUCAGCAGUACCCCUGCCCCAUUUGUCACAGGCUGUUCCGCUUCAACUGGCUCGUCACUCGUCACAUGAGGUCCCACACUGGGGAGAAACCGUUCCAGUGUAGCGUGUGCGAGAAGUGCUUCCGACGACGUGAUCUACUCAACAAGCAUGUGUUGAUAGAGCAUGAGAUUACUAAGUGUGAACUUGCAGGGUUUAGUGGGGUGGGUACUGAGUGUCCAGGAAAGUUAAGUCCAACAGGGGGCCUGUGUACAAAGUCCCAAUUCCUGUGUACGGUGUGUGAUCGACAGUUUCGCUACCGCUGGCAGGUUACGCGCCACAUGAGAAUCCAUACAGGGGAGAAACCAUUCAAGUGUGACGUGUGCGGGAAGAUCUUCAACCAGAAAAACUCGUGUCAGAGGCACAUGAUCACACAUAUGAACUAUUUGAUGUCCAUCAGUGCUUUGACUGCCAAGUUGCCACCUAGUACUAUCCCCCAGUCGCCCACUGUUGGCCUUCUGUCGCCCAGUGUUAACCCCCUGUCGCUCAGUGUUAACCCCCUGUCGCCCAGUGUUAACCCUCAGUCGCCCAGUGUUAGCCCAUUCUUUGAAAACCAUCACAAGCGUUUCCACUACCCGUCUGCGGUGCACCUGCACAUGAGAACCCAUACAGGAGAAAAACCAUUCCAGUGUCCAGUGUGCCAUAAGGCCUUCAAUGCCAAACACCAUGUCAAGGCUCACAUGCUCACCCAUCUUGCUCGAGAGCCGAUCAGAGCACGACACCACUGCCCUGUCUGCAAGAAAGGAUUCCGCAGUCCAAAGGAGGUGGAAAGACACAUGCGUAUUCACACAGGGGAAAAACCCCACCAGUGUCACGUCUGCCCGAAAAAGUUCAACAGGAAGUCAUCACUGAAGAGCCACAUUCUGACGCAUUUGAAAAACAGCAACCUGGCCGAGUUUGACACCAGUGGGGGUGGGACUGACAUGCUGUGAUUGUAUUAACCCUUUGCAUGCUGGGAAAUUUGUCGUCUGCUAAAAUGACGUCUGCUGAAUUUCAAAAAUAAGCAUUUUCUUUGAUUUUUUUCCAAAGAAUACUAUCAGAAUAGCAAACAGUUUGGAUCCUGAUGAGACGCCACGUUCUGUGGCGUCUCAUCUGGAUCCAAACUGUUUGCAAAGGCCUUCAAAAUUCGGUCCCAGCACUGAAAGAGUUAAUCUUCCAGACCAAAUAUAGCAGUGAUCUUCAAGACCAUAUAGUGACAGGGUGUAAAAUUAACAUUAAGACGACUGUUGAACUUGUUGUAUAGAUGGCCUCUCUUGAUAAGAAAAUGUAGGGGCUUUGCACACAUUUUAGUGGCCAUGGGAUCAAGAACUCGUGCCAAUUUAUAUGCAUGAGUUAUAGUGUGAAAAAUAACGGAACAUUAAGAACAGUGGCAGUUGUGCUGUUGAUCAAAAUGUUACAAGAUUUAUUAUGCUUCCCCAAACAUUUUUGGGGGGAGCAUAUAGUCGCCGCUUUGUCUGUCCAUCCGUCCGUCUGUGUGUCCGUCUGUGCACAAUUUUGUCCGGGCUAUUUCUCAGCAACUAAUGACUGGAAUUCAAUGAAACUUUAUGGGAAGCUUCACCACCAAGAGGAGAUGUGCAUAUUAUCAGCGGGUUCUGGUCUGAUGAUUUUUCACAGAGUUAUGGCCCUUUGAAAUUUUCCAUUAACUGUACAUAUAGUGCUAUUCUUGUCCGGGCUAUUUCUCAGCAACUAAUGACCUGAAUUCAAUGAAACUUUAUGGGAAGCUUCACUACCAAGACGAGAUGUGCAUAUUAUCAGUGGGUUCUGGUCGGAUGAUUUUUCACAAAGUUAUGGUCCUUUGAAAUUUUCCAUUAACUGUACAUAUAGUGCAAUUCUUGUCUGGCUAUUUCUCAGCAACUAAUGACCCGAAUUCAAUGAAACUUUAUGGGAAGCUUCACUACCAAAAGGAGAUGUGCAUAUUAUCAGCGGGUUCUGGUCGGAUGAUUUUUCACAGAGUAAUGGCCCUUUGAAAUUUUAUAUAAAAAAAAUCUUGUCCCCCCCAACUACUGUGCCCGUAAGACGUUUCCUUUUAUCUGAAUAUAUAGUGCAACAUUGUGACAAAAAAAAACUUUGGGGAGCAUCACCCGUCUCCGACGGUUUCUUGUAUCCAUGAGUUACAGUGUGAUAAAUAAGGGAACAUUAAGAACAGUGGCAGUUGUGCUGUUGAUAAAAAUGCUACAACAUCUAUUGUGUUAUGCCAAUAUUUGCUGUUAAUUAUAAAUGUUUAGUAUGUUUUAUAAAUAUAAAGAAAACAAUUCUUGAAGAAUCAACAGCAAAAUAUGCAUAUAUUUAUGAAAAAUAACAUGCAUUCAAUUUUAAUGGCAAUUAAUUAAGAUCAGACUUUUAUAAAGUGUUCAACAGAUUGAUGCUUGCAUUAUUACGUACUCUUAAGUUAUUUUGUAAAUGGAAAAAAUGGGCCAUUCUCUGUGAAAAGGGGUUUAAUGAAUGUGCAUAAAUUGUCGUCCCAGAUUAGCCUUGCAGUCCACACAGGCUAAUCAGGGAUGACACUUUCGGUUUUAUGGUAUUUUUGUUUGCCAAAAUCCGGUUGAGGCUAAUCUUAGACAACACUUUACACACGUGCAUUUAACCUACUUUUCACAGAGCACAGCUCAUAUUUAACCCUUUCAGUGCUGGAACCGAAUUUUGAAGGUCUUUGCAAACAGUUUGGAUCCAGAUGAGACGCCACAGAACGUGGCGUCUCAUCAGGAUCCAAACUGUUUGCUAUUCUGAUAGUUUUCUUUAAAAAAAAAUCGAAGAAAAUGCUAAUUUUAGAAAUUCAGCAGACGACAUUUUAGCAGACGACAAAUUUCCCAGCAUGCAAAGGGUUAAGUGCCUCUCCCAAUAUUUGAGGCAGAUAUGAUUCUAAACUCAGCUUCAAGCGAAAAUUGAUCAUAUGACAUGUGUGUCCAGGAUUUCUCCAGCCUGUUGGGUCAGGAGGAUCAUAUGACAUGUGUGGCCAGGAUUUCUCCAGCCUGUCGGGUCAGGAGGAUCAUAUGACAUGUGUGGCCAGGAUUUCUCCAGCCUGUCGGGUCAGGAGGAUCAUAUGACAUGUGUGGCCAGGAUUUCUCCAGCCUGCCGGGUCAGGAGGAUCAUAUGACAAGUAUGGCCAGGAUUUCUCCAGCCUGUCGGGUCAGGAGUAUCAUAUGACAUGUAUGGCCAGGAUUUCUCCAGCCUGUCAGGUCAGGAGCUACCCUGACUGUUUUCUUAUGAGACCACAAAACCUUGCUGGAAUUUAUAGUAGACAGGGUAGUCCUGACCAUACUGCUUAAAUGCAUACUAUUAGGCUGGUUUGGAGCUAUGCUGUCUGCAAAUGGCAUAAGACCCAUUUUUGCAUAACAAGCUUCAUAAGUUGCUUUGAGUGCUUACAAACAGGCUUGCAGUGAAUAUUUUAGAGAUUUUUAAAUUUAUAAAAAAUUAUCUUUGUUUUUAUUGUCAACCAUCAUGUCUCAUUUAAAAAAAAUACAUGUAUGUAUUAUAUGUAUUCAUAUUUCAAUAUUUACCAGUAUUUGAAACAGAUUGUUGAAAAGACAAUUGUCCAACUUUUGUCGUCGGACUAAAAAAAUUAAAGAACUUUUUUAAGUCGGAAUAAAAUACUACUAUAAUAACAUAUACUCAUACUACUAUUUAAAGGUAUGCUCAUUCUGACAAUACAGCUUUGUUUAUGAAUGAUUAUCGUUUGAAAUUGAUAAAAAUUAUAAAGCAAUACACACACGUAAUAAUUGAUACAUUUGAAAGAUUCUGUCGUUUUUGCUAAAUUUUGUUACUGCCUGUGGAUCUAUUAUAGUGUUAAAUAUAGUUAUUUCAGGCAUUUACUGGCAACAAAAUAUGUUGCAGUUGUAUUAAUCAUGUUACACUUAUAGCAACACAAUAUGUUACACUUAAAGCAACAAAAUAUGUUGACCAUAUAGAUGUAGCAACAAAAUAUGUUGCACUUUUAGCACCAAAUAUGUUGCACUUUUUAAUAAAUAUCCAGUAUACAAAAUAGAUAUGCUGAACCACCUGAUUUUGGAAUGUGGAAAAAGAUGUUAUGGUUUGUAAUUAUCUUAUAUUACUAUUAAACAUGUAUAUAUCAGAUAAAACAAAAGAUUAAGACAAAGUGAUCUUGUUCUAAAAAUGUGUUACUGUUUUAUACAUAUAUCAUUCAGUUUAUAGGAAAUAAUUUAUGUCAUGCAAUUAUAUUUUGGAGAAUAAUAACACAAAUAUUGUGAUAUUAUAUGUAAAAUUUUUAUGCCAUGUAACUGUAUAUGGGGAACCUUUGUUAAAAAACAUAUGAACAUGUUUGUAGUGUUGGACUAGAAUUUGUUAGUUUCUAAUACAUCCCAUGAUUUUAAUUUGUAACAUUACAAAAUAGAGAUAUUUAAAAAUAUAUGAUUGCAUCCUUA